GCAGCAGCAGCAGCAGCAGCAGCAGCAGCAGCAGCAGCAUGACGACGCUCCGCGCCUUCACCUGCGACGACCUCUUCCGCUUCAACAACAUCAACCUGGACCCGCUGACGGAGACCUACGGGAUACCGUUCUACUUGCAGUACCUGGCCCACUGGCCCGAGUAUUUCAUUGUCGCCGAGGCGCCCGGCGGAGAGCUGAUGGGUUACAGUGAGUGCGUAAUGGGUAAAGCAGAAGGCUCUGUGGCUAGGGAAGAGUGGCAUGGGCAUGUUACUGCUCUCUCUGUUGCACCAGAAUUUCGACGGCUGGGUUUGGCUGCUAAAUUGAUGGAACUACUGGAAGAAAUUUCAGAAAAAAAGGGUGGAUUUUUCGUCGAUCUCUUUGUGAGAGUAUCAAAUCAGGUUGCGGUAAAUAUGUAUAAGCAACUAGGCUACAGUGUGUACCGGACAGUAUUAGAGUACUACUCUGCUAGCAAUGGAGAGCCAGAUGAAGAUGCUUAUGAUAUGAGAAAAGCUCUUUCCAGAGAUACGGAGAAGAAAUCAAUUAUACCUCUGCCUCAUCCUGUGAGACCAGAAGACAUUGAGUAACUGUAAGCUGUGAUUCUCAGGAACUUACUAAGAGCGUCAGGUUCCCUCUCCCCCCAGCCCCCCAAGAACUUACGGAUGAGAAAUCUUAGGCUCAACAUUUUUCCCCAUGUAAUACCAAAAAGCAAUAUUGAGAAGCUUACUAAUUCUGCUUCUGUUGGUAAUGGCUGCAUACUCCUGCACUUAUCCCAUUAUUUUUUCCUUUCAAAUAUUGGAAAUUCAGAGACUAUUAAAAUGGAAUUACCUCA